GGGCACUUUGAAGCCGCCAUAUUGCUUCGUCGUCCUGGCUUGAAGGAGAGAGCGAGCGGAGAUGAAGGGGAUUCGGGGAUUCGCUCAAUUAUCGACGAGGCUUUACGCGGCACAGGCUGCCCGUAAAGUGGAGACCACAAGGGCUGCCGAACAUGUUAAGUUUCAGCCGCAAGAUGUGCAGUUGACCAGACUGCCCAGUGGACUGGUGAUAGCCUCUCUGGAAAACUACUCACCAGUUUCCAAGAUUGGUGUGUUUGUUAAGGCCGGCUGUCGUUAUGAGACUCCUGACAACCAGGGCGUUACCCAUGUCCUCCGAUUGGCCGCCAACCUGACUACCAAAGGAGCUUCAGCUUUCAGGAUAUGCCGGGGUAUCGAAGCGGUAGGAGGCAAACUAAGUGCGUCUUUGUCCAGAGAGAACAUGAUCUACACUGUUGACUGCUUGCGAGAUGACAUCGACACAGUGAUGGAGUAUCUGAUCAAUGUGACGACGGCGCCAGAGUUCCGACCGUGGGAGGUUUCCGAUCUCACACCUAUGGUGAAGAUUGACAAGGCCCGAGCAGGACAGAGUGCUCAGAUAGCUGUGGUUGAAAGUCUCCAUGAAGCCGCCUACAAGAAUGCUCUGUGCAACUCUCUGUACUGUCCUGACUACAUGGUGGGCAAUGUCCUGUCUGAACAUCUGCACCAAUUUGUCCAGAAUAAUUUCACAAGUGCAAGAAUGGCUCUUGUUGGACUUGGCGUGGACCAUAACGUUCUGAAGCAAGUAGGAGAGCAAUUCCUCAACAUCCGCAGUGGCGCCGGAACGUCAGGUGCCCAAGCUCGUUAUCGCGGAGGUGAGCUUCGCCUGCCAAGCACCAGCAGUCUGGUCCACUCUGCGGUUGUGAGCGAGGCUGCGGCCUCGGGCACCGGUGAAGCUGUGGCCUUCAGUGUUCUGCAGCACCUGCUGGGAGCUGGUCCACGCAUCAAGAGGGGCUCCAAUGCCACUAGCAAACUGGUGCAGGGUGUUGCCAAGGCAACUGCCGACCCCUUUGAUGUAAGUGCUUUCAAUGUUAGCUACUCUGACUCUGGGCUGUUUGGAAUCUACACUAUUUCCCAAGCAGGAUCCACCGGCACUGCCAUCAAGGCCGCUAUCGCAGAGGUGAAUGCUGUCGCCGACGGCGGAGUCACAGCUGCUGACCUCACUUGGGCCAAGGCGUCACUGAAGUCUCACUUGCUGAUGUCCCUGGAGACUUCAGAUGGUCUGCUGGAGGCCAUGGGCACUCAGGCUCUGGCUAGUGGCUCCUACCACUCCCCUGAAGAAUUUGCCAAAGACAUCGACAAUGUCUCCUUAACGGAUGUAGCCAACGCUGCCAAGAAGUUCGUGUCUGGCAAGAAAACCAUGGCGUCCAGCGGGAACCUCAUCAAAACCCCCUUCAUCGACGAAAUCUAAAACCCUCCUCCAUUUCUUCCUUGCCUUGUCAUUUCACUUCUUAACGGCAAAGCAGAAUUGGUUUCCUCCACUGUAACAGAAAGACACAAUUUACGUGCUGUUGGUCUGAGAUAUAUUUAUCUGUGUAAGAUAUGUUUUCGGGUAAUCACAACAUCAUUUUCCAGCUCACAAACAGUAUAAUGUAUAGCUCAUGUAAAAUAAUGAAUAAAUUCUAUCUGCCUGACAGAGUUGUGGUUUGUCAUGCUGAAACGUGUUUUCCAAAACAUACAGGGUGUUCACGUCCAUCAGGGCUCUUUACCAUUUAAAGCAAAAAAAAAAAGCAAAAUAGACAAAUCUCUGGAUUAUUACCCCAAAAAAAAGUAUAUAUAUUUUUUAAAUAAACCAUCUAAUACUAUGGAUUCCUCCGCUUAUCCCUUAAUCAACAUUAUCCCUGACUUCCUAAAUGUCAAAUUGGCAGACGUGUGAAGAUGGAUGUAUUUGAAGAAGCUGUUUACAAUGCUGGCUGGCUUUCAAACAUCAUGAGACAUGCAACUUGAAUUUUUUUUGUUAUCAAAAUGUGUUUGUAUAUAAUUGACAAUAAAAAUUCAUUUUUAACUUCCA